AUGGAAUCAUUGGCAAGUACAGAUGCAAAAGAGUGGAUGAAAGGAUAUCUAAUGAAGUCUUUAGACAUCGAUGAACUUGUGUCACAAAUACCAAAGUCUUGCAGGCAAUCUUUAUUUGCAAUAGAUGAAGUUUUCACUCAAGUAAUGGGACCAGAGCGACCUGGACGUGUUAGGACAUAUGGUUUGAGACCAUUAGAAGAGAUACAAGCAAUGCCGUCCCAACUAAAUGACCAAUUGAGUAGACAUAAAGAUAUGGAGGCUAAGCAUUUAGAGAUAGAGGCUCAACAAGCACAAAUGGAGAAGCAGAUGAGUCAAAUACAACACAUAUUCAAAGCUAAGUUUGAUGCUCAACAAAGACAGUUUGAGGCUCAGCAAAGACAAUUGGAAGUUUUAUUCGUUCAGAUGCAAGCAAUGGGUAUGCCUAUUCCCAAACCAACCGGCAGAAACAUAAGUCCACUUUAG